AUGGAGAGAUCCGGGAGAAGAAAGAAGAAAGCGUCAUCUGCAUCCACAUCAGUACCGACACCCAUAUCCACGAAGUCAACAUCAUCAUCGAAGCUCGCAUCAGGCAAAUCGAAGGUUUCCACGCCAGCCUCACCCACAAAUUUGAAAGUGUCAAAGUACCCUGCACCCGUCUUGAAGAGCGUUCCAAAGUCUACUAUGAAAAAGACGACUACAAAACCAUCAACCAAGAAGAAGACAACUUUCAUCGACCCAGACGAGAAACCGGCGGCGUGUGGCAAACAAAUCCCGGUCUCCCCGCGCCAAAUGAAGGACGUGAUAGCGGCAGACGCUUAA